AGAAGCUCCUGUGUGUGGAAGCUGCGGCCCGGCGGGCGGGUAGAUAACAGAUGCGGGUAAAAGAUCCAUCAAAAGACUUACCUGAGAAAGGCAAAAGGAAUAAACGACCAUUGCUACCUCAUGACGAAGAUUCUUCAGAUGACAUUGCUGUAGGUUUAACGUGCCAGCACAUCAGUUAUGCUGUCAGUGUGAACCAUGUGAAGAAGGCAGUGGCUGAGAACCUGUGGGCAGUUUGUGCAGAGUGUCUCAAAGAGAGAAGAUUUGGUGAUGGACAGCCAGUGCUUCCUUCUGAUGUCUGGCUGUGCCUCAAGUGUGGUUUUCAGGGAUGUGGUAGAAAUUCCGAAAGCCAGCACUCACUGAGGCACUUCAAGAGCUCUGGGACCGAGUCCCAUUGUGUUGUCAUUAACCUGAGUACAUGGAUCAUAUGGUGUUACGAAUGUAACGAAAAAUUAUCGACACAGUGUAACAAGAAGGUUUUGGCUCAGAUAGUUGACUUUCUCCAGAAACAUGUUUCUAAAACACAAACAGGUGCAUUUUCUAGAAUCAUAAAACUCUGUGAAGAAAAACGUGAAACAGGUGAAAUAAAGAAGGGAAGAAAAGGCAGCUGUGUGCCGUCUGUUAAAGGAAUUACAAAUUUAGGAAACACUUGCUUUUUUAAUGCAGUCAUUCAGAACUUGGCUCAGACUCACAUUCUCUUUGAACUGAUGAAUGAGAUAAAAGAGGAUGGCACCAAACUCAAGAUUUCUCUUUCGUCAGCUCCACAGCUGGAUCCGUUAGUGGUGGAACUUUCAAGCCCUGGACCAUUGACUUCAGCCUUGUUCCUGUUUCUUCACAGUAUGAAGGAGGCGGAAAAAGGACCCCUUUCUCCUAAAGUUCUUUUCAAUCAACUUUGCCAGAAGGCUCCUCGGUUUAAAGGGUUCCAGCAACAGGACAGUCAAGAGCUGUUGCACCAUUUGCUGGAUGCAGUGAGGACAGAGGAGACAAAGAGGAUACAAGCAAGCAUUCUAAAAGCAUUUAACAACCCAACUACUAAGACUGCUGAUGAUGAAACUAGAAAAAAAGUCAAAGCCUAUGGAAAAGAAGGCGUGAAGAUGAACUUCAUAGAUCGGAUCUUUAUUGGUGAAUUAACGAGCACAGUCAUGUGUGAAGAAUGUGCAAAUGUCUCCACCAUGAAGGACCCCUUCAUUGAUAUUUCCCUUCCUAUCAUAGAGGAAAGGGUUUCAAAACCUGUACUUCUGGGAAAAAUGAAUAAAUGCAGAAGUUUACAGGAGACAGACCGAGAUCAUAACAAUGGCACUGUUACUGUAGAAAAUACCCAUCAUCCCAGAGCUGCCAAGAAGCAUUCCUCACCUAAAGAGAAGAAUCCACUGAGUCAUGACAGAAAACCUUUAAGAGAAUUGCCAUCUGGAGAAGAGAGAACUGUUGUAAAGCAUCAGAAGGAUGGAAACUUUGAAGGGAGCCGGUUUGCCAGCAUCGUGAGUACCGAGUCGUCACUGAACGAGAGCCCCACCGACGGCAGUGAGAAGGAAGCCGGCCUUUCCGAAAGCAGUGCCGAUGCCGACAGCGAAGCCUCUGAAUCCGAGAGCACGUCCCAGCAAACCAUGCUGUUCCGACCCAGUGGCGAUCCCUGCGGGCACACAGAUCAGCACCCGCACCUCUCAUUGGCAAGUGAAUUGCCACACACCACGGAGACUCACAGUGUUGACGAGGAAAUGGCUGAAGCAAUUGCUGAACUUCAUUUGGGCAGCCCUGUAAUUGGAAAUAGAGAUUUUGACAGGGAAAAACAUCCACUAAAUGUCCCCAAUAAUUUGUGUUUUUCAGAGGGAAAACAUAUGAGGUUUCAUAGCGCCCAAAAUGCUUUUCAGACUCUUUCUCAGAGCUAUGUAACGACUUCUAAAGAGUGCUCUGUGCAGUCCUGUCUCUACCAGUUCACGUCCAUGGAGUUGCUAAUGGGCAACAACAAGCUGCUCUGUGAGGACUGCACCGAGAAGAGACAGCAGUGCCAGAAGGGAGCCAGCUCUGCAGAAAAGAAACCAGGAGGAGUUUAUACUAAUGCCAGGAAGCAACUACUUAUAUCUGCUGUUCCAGCUAUCCUAAUUCUUCAUCUUAAAAGAUUCCACCAGGCUGGCUUGAGUCUUCGUAAAGUGAACAGACAUGUAGAUUUUCCACUCACCCUUGACUUAGCACCAUUCUGUGCUGCUGCCUGUAAGAAUAUAAGCGUGGGAGAGAAAGUUCUCUACGGCCUCUACGGUGUAGUGGAACACAGCGGCUCAAUGAGAGGAGGCCACUACACUGCUUAUGUACGGGUGAGAGUGCCCUCCAGGAGACUAUCUGAGUAUGUUACUGGGAGGAAAACCGCACCAGGUUUGAAGGAACCUGAUAGUGAAUUGGGAGGCCAUUGGGUCCAUGUCAGCGACACUUACGUGCAGGUGGUUCCAGAAUCAAGAGCGCUUAGUGCACAAGCUUAUCUUCUUUUUUAUGAAAGAAUAUUAUAAUUGUCUGUCAACUGUUA